ACUGAAGGAUGAAGUAGUGCCUGAAUUGAACCUUCAAGGUCGUAGUUGCCUUGUAUUGAUAAUGUUUCAAACCUCGAGUAUAUUGGGAAUGAAAUAGCGAUUUGAUUGUUUUUACUUUUAGCGUAGAUCUUCGGCACAUGUAGGUGUUUGCACAAAGACUAGUGAAAAUUAGUUCUAAAGAUAAAAGUGUGUCAGCAACGCUUCUUUAGAGUCAGAAUUCUGACACUCCCUCUUUAAAGAGGGAAUAAAAUAACUUAUAAAUCCCUUCUGGCAUACUAAACGCAUCCAAGUUCGUUUUGAUUUUCGUUAGGCAGGAAUGUGAUUAAAGAUAUUUCGGUGUCAAUCGCAGUUAUGGUCAAUGUACUGUUAACAGUACAGUUAGCAACCCAAGAGAACGUACUUUCGAGUUAGACACAAACAUCUAUUAAUUUUAAUUUCCAUGUAAGUGUUCGUCUUAAGCCGUACCGUUGUUUGCUGUUCGUUUCAGCAUCUUUGUAUUUGCUUCCUAGUAGCUGUCAUAAGAAGCACCAACCACGCUUUAGAAGUAAUGACUAAGAUUCUAUGUUUCAUAUUUACAACUGGGUUGUAAGCCGUUUUGUGGUGAUAUGCUAGACCGCCUUUUUACAACAUGAAUAUCUUUCCCUGAAAGAACGGUCAUAUUCAGUUUAUGAGGUCACUUAUAUUAGAAUGAUCUAUAUGAUUUUAGGGAGAAGGAUAGUUUUUGACCAGCCAUAUCAAAAGACAAAAAAACCCCAACGGACAUCGUUAUAAACCUGUACCGACUAUGUUGACUCUUGUAUAACUCGUACCUUAGUUGCCUUCUGGCUCGUUAUGCGAUAUUGAUGAUGCUUAACAUAGGUGGGAAUAAACUAAGAUAUUACAUAAGUUUAUAAGGUAACUAGCGAUUUUUUAACCCUGUUAAAAUGUGUGCUUAUGUCCUUGUUUACAGAGAUAAUGGAAAGCAGUGUUUGUGAACCCUGUAUUUGAUGUCUUAAAACUGCCUACACUACUGUGGAUCUGUCCACUGUUUAUCUCCCUUUGAAUCCUUCUACUGUUCUUCAUCCAGUCGUCAUAAGUAUCGUUCUUAUUUGUUUGUUUAUUUACUCAAAGAUUCUGGUACAUUAGGGCACCAAUAAUUGUGUCAUACAAAUGAAGUGAUAUUUUGAGGUAAAAGUUGAAAAGGGUCGUAAAACUAAUAUAUGUGAACAGUAGUGGCAUUUAAUUAAAUAUACAGCUCCUUUUAAAAAAAACUACCAUCAUGAAAGAUCGGUUGAUGGAAUUCAGUCCACUUUUAUCAAGCGUUUCAUAGAAAACGACAUCAGGGUCAGCAUUCUUUGAAUCUUCCCGUUUCUGUGGUCUUAUCUUUCGUGCGUCUACCUUUGUUAGUGGUUUGCCUUAUAAAAACUAGUUCAAUAUAAUGUAUUAUUACGCAUUUGGUUGUACAUCACACCUGUCAUCAUGAUGUGAAAAUAUCGAAUUCCCUGACCUUUAGCAGCCAUGCUAACUUGAACUUUAGAAAUGAAUGCUUUCCAUCUGGAUGUUUAACCUUAACUAUUUUCAUAAAGUCUCCCAAAAUACUGUUUGUUUCUACUUCUAUGCGAAAUAACAAAACUUGUUCUGUUUUUGUUGGUAAAAACUCAACAUUUUUUUCUGUUAAAAAUAUAGGUACUUAAUUGUUAAUUUUCAAUAUGACAUAUUCAAAUUCGACAAUACCAACGCCGUGUUUGGAUCUUGCUAUGGAGGGUGAGAGAUUUUGCCGUGAAGGGGAUUGGAAUAAAGGCAUAUCUUAUUUUCUUAAAGCACUAGCAAUCGGAACGGAUGAUCUUAGUUGUCUAUCGGUCGUUUAUUGUCAGUUAGGCAAUGCUUAUUUCUACCACAAGAUUACGCCAGAGCCUUGGAAUAUCAUCGUUGGAACCUUGCUCUAGCUAGAAGAAUGGGUGAUGGUAUUGGUGAAGCAUUCGCAACAGGAAAUCUUGGUAAUACACUUCAAAUGAUGGGCAAAUAUGACGAGGCAAUAAUGUGUUUCACACAUGAAUUAGCAAUUGCUAGACAGUUAAAUGACAAGAGAACAGAAGCUGGAGCUCUAUACAAUCUUGGUAGUGUAUAUCAAGCUAAGGGGAAACAAUGGCUACCGGAUUCUGGUGAAUUUCCGGCUGAUGCAGUUAAAGCACAAAGAAAAGCUGCUGAAUAUUACAAAAUGGGUCUUGAAUUAGUUCGAGCACUUGGUGAUCGACCUGCUGAAGGUCGAGCUCUUGGUAGUCUAGCAAAUGCUUACUAUUUACUGAGUAAUUUCACUGAAGCAAUUGAAUGUUAUAGAGAACGUUUAAAAAUUGCUAAAGAAUUUGGUGAUCUAACUGCUCAACGACGUGCUCAUAGUAAUAUUGGUAAUGCAUUUAUAUUUUUAGCUGAUUUCAAUGCAGCCGUUGAACAUUAUCGAGAAGCAUUACAAUUAUCAGUACGUUUGAAGGACACAUCACUUGAAGCUCAAGCUUGUUUCAGUCUAGGAAAUACAUUUAUUCUAUUAAGGGACCCAAGUACUGCUGUUGUAUUCCUACUGAGACAUCUCAUUAUUGCUCGUGGUCUAUUCGAUCGUAUAGGUGAAGGUCGAGCACAUUGGUCAUUAGCAAAUGCUUAUACUGCCUUAAAAAGAUAUGAUCUAGCUUUACGUUGCUCUAAACGUCAUCGUCGAAUUGCUCGUCAGCUGGGUGAUACUACAGGCUAUAUGACUGCUCAACUGAUGAUUGGUGAAAUCUGUAACUUAAUGACAAGUACACAAACAGAAUGCUCUACUCUGAUUGGUGCUUCUUGUAAAAAUGAUCAAACGGACUCACAAUCAAACAAUUCAAAUUCAACCAUAAAUUAUUCGUCUGUACAACAGAGUUGUUUACUGGAUAUAAAUAAUUCGAAAUUAAAUGAAAAUAUUCUGUUCUUAAAAAGUAACCAUAAAUUACCAUGUGGUACAAACAAUAACAAAUGUUGCAUUGAUGGGAAUAACAAUAGUGUCAGUACUAAUACUACUACUAUUUCUAAUCCUACUAAUACUAUUUUAACAAAUAAUAGUUGUACUGAUAUUAAUUUUUCAAAUAAUCCUCCCAUUGAUCUUCAUAUUACUGAUGGAAGUAAUUCUAGUCUAAUAAAUGGAUUAAUUUCACAUUCAUUAUUGGAUUCCUCUAAAACAAUCGAUCCCUCUGCAAACACUGACAUUGUUAGUAGUCGAAUAGAGAUAAAAAGUUCACAAUCAACUGUAACUAGUAAUUUUUCUACUACCACUGUUCCUUCCCCUACAACUGUAACAGCGAAUAUAAUUGAUAGUAAUCAUACUACUGAAAAUCAUUCACAUAAAGUAGUAAUUAACAAUGAUAAUGGUAACGAUGAUGAUAAUAAUCAAGAUGAUCUAGAUUUGGAAUUGGAUAAAGAUUUAGAAAAUGAAUUACUUGAAAAUUAUGAAGGUAUACUUGAAACAGUGGAAUUUGUAACUGUUACAGAAGAUGGACAAACUGUCACUUCACAAAUGGGUUGUUUGGAUGUUCCAACGCCUGUUCUAUCAGAGUCGAAAAAGGAAAACAUGGUUGAAUUUUAUUUAAGUGCUCCAUCAUUUCGUCCAAGUUUAUCACAACAAAUUGAUAUACCUAAUCUUCAAGAUAUUGAAGGCAAUUUAGAAUCAAUUGAAUCCAUGUCUCAGAUGAAUAGAAAUUCUAAUUUAUCAAGUGAAAAUUUAGAUUCUGGAAAUACAUGUAAUACUGUUGGUACUAGUUCGUCAGCAGUUGCAGUCGCUGCCGCAUCUCUAGUUGAAGAAGAACGUUCAGUAGAUCAACAAGAAAUGUUUUUCUCACUUCUACUUGAAUCACAAUCUCGUCGUAUGGAUGAACAACGUUGUUAUUUACGUACUACUGGACAAGGUACACCACCCAUUCAAUCGACUGAAACAAAUAGUGUACAAGAGUCAAACAAUGUUCAGUUGUCAUCUGGAAAUUCUCGUCGUACACCUGACUAUGAUAACUCUUCACUUCGCAAUCAAAUUAAUACAAAUGAAGAAGCUUUCUUUGACUUAAUCGAAGGGGUUCAGGGUGCUAGAAUGAAUGACCAACGAGCCAACUUAUCUGUUUUCCCUGGUCUUCGUUCUGGUCCAGGUCUUCAUUUAUUAGAUAGCAAUAAUAAUACUACUACUCCUGCUAAUAAUAAUAACAACCGUUAUUUCGGUUCAACUAAUUCAGUGUUCAAAUCAACAAGUAGCUGUGCAAGUGAUGGUCUUCCAGAACCUAGGCUACGCAAUAACAGCAGUAAUAAUGAUGAUGUCACUGGAUUAUUUGAUCAUAAUCCAACCACCACCACUACAUUUCCUGCUACAAGAGCUAGUUGUGGUAGCUGUGAAACAGGAAGAGCGGUAAUAAGAGGAGGAGUGGGAAGUAAUGCUGCUGGUAGUGGUGUUGAUACACGUGGACGUCGCGGUCAUACUGUUUCAUCUACUGGUGAUUUGGACGAUGAGUUUUUAGAAAUGAUAUUUCGAAUUCAGACAUGUACACGAAUCAACGACCAACGAACCAAUCUACCUGAUCCCCUUACUCAAGUUCAAUCACAUACUAAUCCAACUCAUCGUAAUAAUGAUAAUGGUGAUGGUUCCAGGGGAAUCCGUCAACCAAUAAGUACAUCAGAAGCAACAACAAUAACAACGUCUAAUUCACAUAGAGAAUUAACUUUAUAUACUUCAUCCGGUGCAUUUAAUAAUUUAACAAAUCGAUGUUCUGUCCCAGCUAUCGUUGAUGAUGAUGAUGGUGAUGCUAACGAUCUAUUUGCAUUAAUUCAGCGUGUUCAAUCGACACGUUUAGAUGAACAACGAUGUCGUCCACCGUUGUAAUAAUAUUGUCAUUAUCUAGAAUCAUGUUUAUCAAACUGUGUAUGUAUGUCUGUAUGCUACUACCGAUGGAACAAUUUUCAUGUUUGUAAACUCCCUAUACCAUUUGAUUUGUAAAAUAAUAGCCACAUGACUAAGUAUGAAAUUCUAACAUUCUCCCCUCCAUAAAAAUCAAUUUUCGCGACAGUAGCCUUGUCGAGUGAUCAAUGUGGAGCAAUGAACAACAACAUGUAAAAUAAACAAUUGGGAGUAGAAAAAAAAUUUGCCAGAAACGAUUGUGAAUUGUAUUAUAUAUUCUUUUCUUUUACUAAUCAUCACUUCGUCUUCAUCAUCAUCGAGACAUAUUUAUUUCAUAUCUUCACAGUUGAACGAACUUGUAUCUCCUUUGGAUUUUUUAUUCCUGAAUUACUAAUCUUUGAUUGAAAAUCGUGAUUCGUUACAAUUUUUUCUUUUGCUUUAUCUGACGAAGAUAACAUCUAAUUCAUGAUCAAUUAAAGGUUGAUAUGCUUUCUGGUGUUUCCUGCGUCUUGCAAUUGAUUGUACGCCUCCCCACUCCUUGCCCCCCAUGUCAACAACAUUCCUUUCAGGUGUGUGUUGUCAUCUUGACUUUUUUCUUCGCAUUUCGAUAUCUAAUCCAGAGGUUAUCUCUAGGUAGAUACUCUUGAUAAGUUUUGACGGGCUGAAUUCUUUUGUUUUUAGUAUAAACCAGCAGUAAAUAACACUAAUAUUAAUCAUAAUGUAGCAGUAUAUAUCGGUGAACCAAAAAAGAUUAAAUAAGUACAUGUACAACAUGUAUAAAUAUUGCAUUACGUUCCCACUUCUUCCUAUUGAACCAUGUUUAAUCUGCCCAAACUCACAAAGUACCUCAUAAUCCUAUUUAUUUCUACUUUAUGUGUGUGGUUUAUAAUGUAUUUGUGUAUUCCCAUAGAAACUUUCCAUUAUUAUUAUUACUAUCAUUCAAUAUGUGUGUAAACAAGUGAGUGUAUUGUGCAUGUACUUUGUACUGGUGAGUGUUCGCUUCCUCUCCGUGUCUGUCUGUCUAUCAAUCGGUGUGUGGUUCUUUUUUAUGUUCUUUGUUGUUGCAAUGUAUCUAACUACUAAUACAGUCAGUGUAAUUUUUUCUUCAUGUCACCACUUUCUCUCUGUCUCUUCUUCUCAUAGCUCUGUUUUCUUUUCUGAAUUGUCAUAUAGCGCAUUGUCCUUCUCUGUUUCUCGCGUAUAUCCAUGUUUUAUUCAGAAAAACAUAUUUAGUAACAAAGAAUAGAUGUAUUUUUUAAAUUUUAUUCAUUUGAAAAGAUGUUCUACAAUUUUUGGUUCUUUUGAUUCAACCUUGGUAGUAAUAUCGGGAAGUUGCUAAUCUAUUCGAAAAUAAUCCAAAUAACUUAUGUUGAACUAGUCGAUCAUCUGACAUUCUCAUUUCAGUUGUUAUUGUGUUUAGAGGUAGCUUUGUUCAGCUAAUUAAUCUCAUAU